AUGGCCAUGAAUAUUGAUAUGUCGCAAGCCCAGGUGGUGAAGGAUGAGCAGGGCAGACCUUUUAUCGUGGUUCGAGAUCAAGGCAAGAAGAAGAGACAGCAUGGGACUGAUGCUGUCAAAUCACAUAUCUUAGCUGCCAGAACUGUGGCCAACAUUGUCAAAACGUCCCUUGGCCCUCGAGGGCUCGACAAAAUCCUCAUAUCACCUGAUGGCGACAUUACAGUUACAAAUGACGGCGCUACUAUUCUGGGGCAGAUGGAGAUCUCAAAUCAUGUUGCGAAGCUUCUGGUUGAGCUUUCGAAGUCCCAAGAUGACGAGAUAGGGGAUGGUACAACGGGCGUGGUGGUAUUGGCUGGAGCGUUAUUAGAGCAGGCUGCAGAGCUCAUCGACAAGGGAAUCCACCCAAUCCGGAUAGCAGAUGGUUAUGACCAGGCAUGCGAUAUUGCGGUUGCGGAAUUGGACAAGAUCGCAGACACUAUCGAGUUCACAAAGGCACACAAGGAGAACUUGGUGAAGGUGGCCAGAACCAGUCUGGGAAGCAAGAUCGUGUCGAAGGCUCAUGAUCAGUUUGCCAACAUUGCCGUGGAUGCUAUCUUGUCUGUGGCUGAUUUGGAGCGUAAAGACGUUGACUUUGACCUGAUCAAGGUUGAUGGCAAAGUUGGAGGAUCGCUGGAGGAUUCCCUUCUAGUACAAGGUGUUAUUGUGGACAAAGAUUUCUCCCACCCCCAGAUGCCCUCCGAAGUUCGAGAUGCCAAGAUUGCCAUCCUCACAUGUGCAUUCGAGCCACCUAAGCCAAAAACGAAGCACCAUCUUGAUAUUACCACCGUGGAAGAGUUCAAGAAGUUGCAGACCUACGAGAAGGAUAAGUUUGCCGAAAUGAUCCAACAUAUCAAGGAUACCGGCGCAAAUCUUGUCAUCUGUCAGUGGGGUUUCGAUGAUGAGGCAAACCAUCUGUUGCUGCAAAACGACCUACCUGCUGUCAGAUGGGUUGGAGGUCCAGAAAUCGAGUUGAUCGCUAUUGCCACGAACGGAAGAAUAGUACCAAGAUUCGAGGACUUAUCGGCAGAGAAGCUUGGAGAGGCUGGAAUUGUUCGGGAGAUGAGCUUCGGAACCACGAGAGAGAAGAUGUUGGUCAUUGAGGAUUGCGCAAAUACCAGAGCUGUCACAGUCUUUGUUAGAGGCAGCAACAAGAUGAUCAUUGAUGAAGCCAAGAGAUCUUUACAUGAUGCUCUUUGCGUUGUUCGAAACCUCGUCCGUGAUAACCGUGUUGUCUACGGAGGUGGUGCUGCUGAAAUCGCCUGCUCUCUAGCAGUUGAGGAUGCUGCUGUAAAAUCGCCAGGCCUUGAACAAUACGCCAUGCGAGCCUUCGCCGAUGCCCUUGAUGCAGUUCCAAUGGCGCUCGCAGAAAACUCGGGUCUAUCACCUAUUGAAACUCUUGCCAGCAUCAAGAGCCGCCAAGUGACGGAGAAGAACACAAGGUUAGGAGUUGAUUGUAUGCAGACAGGGAGCAACGACAUGAAGGAUGCAUUUGUUAUCGAUCCAUUAAUCGGCAAAAAACAGCAGCUGCAGUUGGCUACACAACUUUGUCGCAUGGUGUUGAAGGUCAAUAAUGUCAUUAUAUCAGGGAAUGACGAGAACGAAUUCUAA